AUGGUCGAUAUCAUGAUGAUCCUUGACACGAGUCAUCUAUCAGACAUUCGUCAAGAGUUCAUGGACGAAGAAGAUGGCCUGACGCUGACGGCCUUUGUCAAGGUGAUGCUCAAGUACCUCACCAAGAACAGUGUGCGGGAGGAGCAGCUCGUCGCUGCCCUGUGCGAGCUUUUUGCUCAGGUGGACGUGAAUGGGGAUGCGACGAUGGAGUGGGAUGAGUUCUACGAGUACAUCCAUGAGCAAGGGAUGGCGGAGGGCGCAUUAGAGGCGAGUUCGGUGAUGCGAUACAACCCAAAGAAGGUCUGGGAAGACAGAAGUUUGCCCAAGAAAGUAGAGAGCAUAUCGUACUACGAAUCGACAGAUUGGAUCGGGAUUACCAUCAACAACAGUCUUGACUUGUUGAUCUACGAUCUGUUCGGAAAGAGACACGUCCACUCCCUUGCUCAUAAGGCGGCAGUCCUUGCGUCAACCUACAUCGACAACCGGGUAAAGAAGUUGAUCGUUGCCGUCACUUGCGACGCCUCCAUCACGAUCUGGGACACGCAGUCACCCGAUGGAAGCCCGAUGAUGGUUGCUCCUGACAACCAGAACACUCUGUUCUGGGAUGCAGAGAGCGCUACUCUUUUCACCGGGAGUGUGAACGGGCAUAUUCUCACAUGGGACAUCACCGCGAUGGAGCAGAAGAGCGUCAAGAUGCAAGCUCAGAAGAGUGCGAUCAAAGUGAUUGUGGACGUUCCUUCGCUGGAUGGGAUUCUGACGGGAUACCUGGAUGGGACGAUGAUCCUGUGGGAGAAAGGAGGGGGCAAGAAGCCCAAGAAGGUGUACAGAGGGCACAGGAACGGCAUCAUCGCCAUCGCCUACACGCACGAGCUGAAGAUGAUCGUGAGUGCCGGCGUGUCAGACGAAAUUCUCAUCUGGAACCCCUUCGUUGAGAGGAAGCUGACGGAGCUGCACGGGCAUAGAGCCCCGAUGCUCGGCCUCCACAUCGUGGCCUUGCGCACGGGGGCAUACCAGCUGCUCUCUGCAGACAAGUCGGGGACUUUCAAGGUGUGGGACCUGCGGACUCUUGAGUGCUUGCAGAGCUUCUCUUGCGAUGCCGGGCUGCAGGAUUUCCAGGAGUUCGAGUUCUGCUUCUCUCACACCCCCGAGCUGACUGACGACGAGGAGAUAGUUUGCGCCCUCUACAACGAGGUGAUCGACUCCUUCAUCACCGCUGCCGGCUGCUCCGUCCGCAUCUGGGACUCGUCGACCGGGCAGCUCCUCAAAAGUUUCCCAGACAUCUCGCCUUACCCGAUCAUCUCAAUGUGCCUGGACGACCGUCAAAGGAAAUUCUUCAUCGGGGACGCCCAAGGGAACAUCACCUGCCACAACUACAUCAACGGGGUUCUCAUGAAGUCCUUCGAGGCCCACGGGGACGAAGUUUCCCAGCUCGUCUACUGCAAUCUCGACAAGUGCCUGCUGUCCUCCUCCUGGGAUCGGCAUGUCUGCAUCCACGACGACAUGGACAACGACGAGGGAGUGCUGCUGAGGACGAUGAAGGGUCACUCCAAGGACAUCACGUGCCUGGCCAACUCCUUCUCCCUCAAGCUGGUGGCCACGUCAGGAGCCGACGGCCACAUCCUAGUUUGGCAUUACGGGCUGGGUGUGCUGGAGGGGAUUUGCAAGGGCCACUCGCAGGAUGUUACAGUCCUCACGUUCCUCGAGCCUUUCCCUCUCCUCCUCUCCGCUGACAUCCUGGGCAACGUCUGCCUGUGGGGGAUGCCC